GGGAGGGAGGGAGCGAGGGAGAAAGGGAGGAGGGGUGGGGGGAGGAGGAGGGGGUGGGCGGGCGUGGGAGGAGGGAGCCAAGGAGGGAGGAAGGGGCGAGGAAGGGGGGAAGGAGAACCGAGAGGAAGGGAGAGGAGUGGGAGAAGAGGGAUGGGCGGAGGUGGAUUUAAUGGGCAUGUUUGAAGCAGUGGGGCUAGCGUCUAUUGGUGCUGCUUGCUUUGGUGAAGACCUGUGGUUCCAGCACGACACAACUGCUACACUCACAGCUGCAACAGCCCACACUGAGGCAAACAAGCAGGCAGGGACGAAGCUAGGGGCGCACAGUAGCACUAUCGACCCUGCUCCUCCUCACACCACGUUACCACCACACACAGCAGCACACUCUACCGCACCACACACUGCUGCACCGCACACUGCCUCCCUGGCACGGGCAUACGGGGCGAACGAGCAGGCAGGGGCGAAGUUAGGGGCGGUCCCAUCGCUUCUCCUGGCCCUCUCCCCUGCGUGCCUGCACCCCUGGGUGCAUGCGCUGCUGGGUGUGCUGCCUGGGAGCACCGUGGGUGCUGCGAGGGAGAGACACCGAGAGCUGAUGCUCCAGUGGAAGCGGAUGUUGGAAGCAAAGAGGCAACAACCGUCUCAAGGCAACAGCAGUGCUGCUGAUAUACUGACCUUUCUCAAAAGCUUCCGAGACAAGGGCACAGGCGCAGGUCUGCUCGAAUCUGAUCUGCCUCUAAUCCUCUUUGGCCUCCUGGGCGCCGGUGUGGGGACCACAUCGUCCACACUGGCGUUUGCCGUCCACAUGCUGACUCAGCACCCGGAAGUUGCCCAGAAACUUCAGGCUGAAAUUGAUAGGCUGUACCCUGCUGCCCCUAUAGCUGCCCGCCUGCCCGUCCAUGCAACGACUCUGGCUGGUUACCACAUCCCUGCAAACACGCCGGUCGUGGUCCCGAUUUUCGCUGCCCACCGCUGCCCGGAUUUCUUCCCCCGGCCGCUUUCUUUUCUGCCCGAACGUUUCGGUCAGCGGGCAGCGGGUGAGAAGGGAGUUGGGUGGAAGGAGGGAGGGAGGGAAGAGGAGGCAGAAGGGCAAGAGGGGGAAGGAAGGGGCGAGAAGGGUGGAGAAUUGAUCAAGGGUGAAGAGAGAGGAGGGAAGCAGCGAGAGGAGGUGCUGUGGACGGCCGAGUCAGAGGCUAUGUAUUUGCCUUUCGGUGCCGGUCCGCGCAUGUGCAUCGGUGCUCGAUUCGCCUUGAUGGAAAUCAAAAUCUGCCUCGUGCUGCUGCUGCGGGCAUUUGAAAUUUCAUCAGCAUGUGACAUAGCAGUAGCAUCUGCGACUGAUGUCGAUGCGUCGAGGCGUUUCACAACUUGCAAGGCUGACACUGAAGAAAGGGAGAGAGGGAAGCGGGGAGAGACCGAGGAGGCAGGGGAGGGCGUGUGGGGGAGUGCGAGCAGCAAGACAGGGGUGGAUAGCAGCAAGACAGGGGUGGAUAGCAGCAAGACAGGGGUGGAUAGCAGCAAGACAGGGGUGGAUAGCAGCAAGCUGCCGUUGGAAUCUGGGUUGAACCUUCGACCAAAGAAUGGGGUGCGGGUGAGGAUUCGGAGGAGGGGCAAUGGUAUUGCUUUGUGA